AUGACAGGGUGCUCACCAACGCGAGCCUGGCGCCGUGGGUUUAGCACUUUUUCAAGGCCUGCAAAUCUAAUAUCAUCACAGCGACAUCAAAGUCAAUGGCAGCGACAGGAAAAACAAAUACAAUUCAUAAGAAGAAUCUCUGGAAACUCGUCUUCCAUGAUUCAGGGUGUCCAAAACCCCCUGGUUGCAGAUGAUAAUCGCCCCAAGCUUCUAGAAAAUGCAACCUGCUCGAUAAAUAGACCUACCGUCGAUGAUUAUUUUAGACAAUUGACAGCUCUAAUAGAAACCAGUCUUGAAUCUUCAAGUGUGGACAUUAGCAAGUCAGAAUUUUUCAAGUAUUCUCAAGUAUUGGUCACUCCAAAACUACAUGAAGACGAUUACCCAUACCGAGAAUUUGUGGAUCAGCGACAUUUAUACAAAUCAUUCAUUCCUAUUGAAAAUCAAAAAAAUUCACAGCAUUAUCAAUACCUACAACAUCAGUGGAACUUAAGUUUGAAAUUAUCCAAAUUUUUCACGUCCCUAACGACAAAGCAUAGCUUUCUAUUCGAUUCAGAUAAAUCUUUAAUAGAUUGUUAUACUGAGUAUUUAAAAAGCCUAAAAUUUGCUCCAUCUAAAUCGACCAGCAAUAGCAUAGAGGCACCUACCAGAGACAUCGAUGAAUAUAUUACAGGACUUAUAGGAUUCCUCUCCCUCCAAACAAACCGGUCUGAUACAAUCAAAGUAUUGAUGAUUCUGGAAUUAAAACAUGCCGCCACUAGAGCUAAUAACAACGAUGUGACCCUAUUCAGAACAAUGAUGGUUAAUUUGAUUGGCAGUGGAACGAUUGACCAUAAAUCUUUAGUCGCGUACAUCAAGCUAAUUUCUGCAGAUUUUAAAAACCAUGAUGAAAUUUCUGAGAUGAAGAAUAGAGAGGAUUUCCAUGAACACUUAGUGGAUUCAGUUACUGAGCACAACGAAAUGUAUCAGAAGUUUUCUAGCAGCAAUAAUAAAGAUCGUUCUAAAAUUCUUGCAAUUGCCGCACUCCUUGAUAAAUUACAUUCAUUAGAGCCCCCUAUCAGAUCAGUGGAAUUGAAAGGAUUCAUGAAGAACCUCGUAGUUCACGUUACAAUAGAUCAAAAGAAGCUUUUAUUGGGUACAUCAAUGUGUCUUAAUGAUGAUUUUGCUGGUAAUUCUAAUAUGACAAAAGACUUCCCGAUUUUGAAACAAACGAUAUCCAUUUUAAUUGAUUCCCUAGCGAUUGUCAACCCCCUUUUUGAUGAAUUACAAAUUGAUGCCAUCAUGAAGCUUUUGAUAAAAUAUCAGCCUCAUCACUACAAAUUGUCGACUUACCAAGCGAUUAAAAUAUAUGAAAAAGUAAUGGCCUGCGACGAUGAGAACUUCCCAAUUAUCGGCAAUCGAAUGUUGGUAUUCUUGGAUCAUUGCAUUAAUAAUGGUAAUGAUGCAAUUAGCGAUGACAGAGGGUUUUACGAUUUAUACCGGGCCAAUGAUCUCACGGCAUCUGAUUUGGAACAACAAUAUCGCCGAAUGGAUAUCGACACGUUUAUUCGACUCUCAAAGCUUUUAAUAAUGAAGAAUAUCAAAUCGAAUAAUCCUGCGGGAGUGUACCUUAUCCAUUCAACCCUAACCAAGUACAACCCAAAUUGGAUCUUGGAAGACUUGGGCAUGUUUUGCUCGUUGAUUUUGAUUUUCAGGAAAAACAGAAAUUUUGAAAAUAUUGGAAAGCAAUUGAUGUAUCAAGUCUUAGACCAUGAAAACCGUGAUUGGUUUUUAAAGAAUGAAAAAUUGCUAUCGACUUUAAUUGACAUGGCGAGUAAAUCUAAGGAUUUUGCGGCAAUGAAAAUAUUGAUGACGAAAAUCUCCAACCCUCCAAUGAGAUCGGUGCUCAGUAGUUUGGUAAAGUUCUAUCUCGGGGUAAACGAUGCGGCAUCAGUAAGUAAAGUUUUGGGACGUAUCAAUGACUCUAGAAUUGAGUUCAGUGCCCUGGAGUUUAAUGAGUUGGUGCGAGCAUUAUUGAAAACUGGUGAUCUGACACAUGGCAGUAUUAAUUUGAAGGAACAUAAAGUCUAUCAAUUAAUCAGUUCGCAAAAACCUCUGCGAGCAAUUUAUGCUUAUAUAUCGUACCUUAAUUGGAUGGUUGACAAGUCUUAUCUUUCCAAGUCCAAUGGAAGUUUGCGAUUAAACCUUCCAAUCGCUGUUGAAUUCAUUGAAAAUCUUUAUCAGUGCUAUUAUUCGGGUGCGAUUAGGUUUGAAGACAAAAAACAAUUAGAUUUCUUGUCGAUGUUGUAUCUCAAGUACGUGGUCAAAGAGUAUGGUGUAGAAAUGGCAGCCAAAGUGUACCGUGGAUCGGUUUUGGGAUUUGAUGGAGAUAUCAAUGACCUAGAUGAGGUGCCGUUCUUCUAUAAGACCGAAUUAGAUCAUAGGAGCAGCAAUAAUAAAAAAGGGACAAUUGUUGGUAAUUAUAUGAACAACUUAACCAACUCUCAGCAAUUGGCCAGAAGUGGCGGUGGCGGCGGUGGUAUUGACCAGGAUUUUGGAUAUAAUUUUAUGGUGGUGCCAUUUGGAAUGGAGGUCCUGGAAACCAAGGACUUAAAACUCUAUAUCCCUACAAGAAUCAAAGUUAUUGCCUUGAAGAUGAUUGCCGACCGUGCGCGGGCUAUGGAAGAUCGAAUGAUGAGUAAAUGGUGCAUUCAUGAGCUUGUGGAGUGUGGAAGCUCAGGAUUGGAAAUCUUGAUUGAUUUUUCCAAGAAGUAUAGAAAAGAAUUGCGGAGAAUUGGAAUCGAAGUGCCUACGGCAACUAUUGUUAAUGAAGAGAAAAGCAUUUCAAAAAGGGCUAAUACCAAAAGAAUUCAGCCUGGGAUAGAUGAAUUGAAACAGUUUUGGAAGGCUCAAGGGGAUGAAUUUUACAAGUAUAAUUUGGGGAAGAUCGGGUCAAUCAUGGACAAAAGUAAAUCUUAG